AGCUCAUGGUUGGGAUCGGAAAAUAUCAUGGCGGCAGUACCUUUGCGCGAUCGGCUGAGCUUCUUGAGUCGGCUACCCACUCUAAUCAAAGGUACCUCUGAUGAUGAAGUCCCAUGCCCAGGUUAUCUGUUUGAAGAUAUUGCCAAAAUCUCUCAUGAGUCCACAGGGAGCAGUCACUGUCUUCUGGAAUACCUCCUCAAUCGCCUUCAAAGCAACUCAUGUCAUGUCAAGCUGAAGGUGCUCAAGAUCCUGCUGUACAUGUGCAGCCAUGGCUCUCCACACUUCCUUUUACAGCUCAAGCGAAAUUCUUCCUUCAUCCAAGAAGCUACAGUGUUUGCAGGGCCUCCUGAUCCUCUCCACGGCAGUGGCUUGUACCAGAAGGUACGGAUGACUGCGCAGGACCUAGCAAGCGCUUUAUUUUCAGAUGCCUUGCUGCCCCACCCUGCUGCUCAGCUUCCUAAAGCGCUGCCUUCAACAGGAAUGGGCUCCAAGUCCAGCCUCCAUGGCUCACUCCAAGGCUUUGGUUUUGAACAGAGCAGUUCAACAUCCACUGGCCAGGUCUUGUUGGCCACCAUCCAGAAGGCAGCUGAGGUGGUUGCCAAUGCCAUUGUCCCUGGUCAGGAGCUCUCUAGUCCCCACAGUAGGGAACUGAAGGAUGACACUUACGAGCCUGUGAUGGCACCAUCUCCUGGCAACAGUUCUAGCCUGCCUACAAAGCCGCCUGCUGUCGUAGCACGGAAGAUGCGAGUGAACCAUCAGCCUGGGCAAGCAGGAGGUGGGUGGGAGGAGCUGGACAAUGGGCAAAGCUCCCAGAAUUCCCUGCAGGAAAACAGUGAGCUGAGCAGAACCUCUGAUUCCUACAGCAAGUCAGGCAGUGACAACCACUCAAGUGCCCUAGAGCCAAAUGUUGCUGAAAGGAUGGAAGCCGAAAACCUUGGUGACUGCCAGCGAGAAGUGUGCCUUGUCAACAAACUAACCAAGGGCUCCAAGGUCUUCCUGACACGUGAGGAGACUCAGCACUUCAUCAAGGAGUGUGGGCUGCUGAACUGUGAGGUGGUCUUGGCCUUGCUCAACCAAACCUUGAAGGACCCCAGCGAGUGCGUCCGCAUGAGGGCCAUGUGUGCCAUCUACUCCCUCAUGUGUUCUGACUUGCUUUCCCAUGAUCAGAUAUUUGCCAUGACCCAGCAGCACUUGCAGGAGCUUAGCCAAGAGAGCCCUGGAUCCGUGGCCAACAAAGCGACCAAGAUCUUGCGUCAGUUUGAAGCACUCUGCAGGAGCCACCCCACUUCCAAGAACUCGUCUCCAGUCACCACCCGCUGUGUCUCUGGCAAGGCUCCUUCCAGGCAUGCUGAUGACCUGCUGAUGCAUAUGGCACCCUUCGCUGGAGACAGCGUCCUAAAACCCAUGAACCUAACACCACAGCCCUCUGCAGCACCGAAGACUCCCACAAGCGAUAGGUGCCUGUUAAAAGAGUCCACACUGGAAUCGGUGUUCCGUGGUCCACUCACUAGCCUACCGCCCGGCCUCAGCCAGCAGCAGGCCCAGUACCAGCUCUCAGAUGCCACACACUCAGAGGACAGGCCUCCAAGGGGUGACCCGGACGGUACAGUGUCUCUGUUUGCAGGCAUGGAGCUGGUAGCAAACACAAGCAUGGCUUUGACAGUGGCUGCUACAGUGCAGGAAUGUGUUUCUCCUGCUCCACAGACACUGUCCAGCACUGGGAGCACCAGGGACGAGAAGGACAACCAGGAGGUGUCUGCUUUCCCCUUCCUCAAUUCAUAGCCGCUUGAUGCUGCAGCUGCACCUGUGGAACAACUCAACUAGGAGCAAAUUGGUGUACUUGCAGCUGUCUCCAUGUGGGCCGGGGUUUGCUUCCUACAUGUUAAGUGCCUGCCUCCAUCUCAGUGGCUUGUCUGCUCUCUUUUUUUGUUAACAUUCUCAUUCAGUCCUGAAAAGGCAGGUGUGAAAUCCUUUACUUCACUUUUCUUCCUGUUGGGCUAUCCACAAGCAUGCAAGAGAAGGCUUGAACCUUCAAUGCUUCCUUUCAAUCUGAUUAUUAGAACUGUUUCUUUUUGAUAACAGCACAAUACAGUAAACCUAUACUCUGUUUUGUUAGACACGCCAUCUGUGAUGUAGGGUUGAAAAUUCUCCUAUGCUGUAUCGUUCUGUGAAAAAUUUUCCACACUACA